AUGGAGAAUUCCAGAAUGAACUCUUUCUUAGAGUACUCAAUUUGUAGCCGUGGACCGAACGCCUACUCACCCAAGUCCGGAUACCACCACUUGGACCAAGGCUUCCCGGCCCCUUUUCACUCGGGCUCCGGCACAACAAGUGAUAACGGCGAUGGACGGCUUUACGUGGCGGGCAGCGCCCAGGCAGUGGUGGCCCAACAUCAGCACCAGAGCAGUAGCUACGCGCAUCAUCAUCAGCCCCAGUCGCAUCAUGCCAACCUGGUCCAUCCAUAUAGCAGUACAGGGACUGCGGGAUACGGGACGGAAGCGUGCGCAAACCCGGACUAUGGACACCCACAAUACUUUAUCAACGAGCAGGACGGGAUGUACUAUCAAUCAACGGGCCUUUCCGCCUCCAAUGUAGGCCCCAACUACGGCUCCCUGGCCGGGGCAUACUGCGGGGCGCAGGGGGCUGUCCCAGCGGCACAGUACCAGCACCACGGCUGCGAGGGCCAGGACCACCAGCGGGGUUAUUUGCAGAGCACCUAUGUUGACAUUUCGGCCUCUCAAGAGAGGGAGAAGGACGCAGAGCAAACACCACAAGGAAAGACUUUCGACUGGAUGAAAGUCAAGAGGAACCCCCCUAAAACAGCUAAAGUGGCUGACUAUGGAAUGGGACCCCAUAACACCAUCCGCACCAACUUUACAACCAAGCAGCUGACCGAGCUCGAAAAGGAAUUCCACUUCAGCAAGUACUUGACGCGGGCCAGGCGCGUGGAAAUCGCCGCCACCCUCGAGCUCAACGAAACGCAGGUGAAAAUCUGGUUCCAGAACCGCAGGAUGAAACAGAAGAAGCGCGAGAAAGAGGGCCUGGCCUCAGCCUCGAGCACGGGUUCCUCCAAGGACAUGGAAGACAACUCGGACCAUUCCAGCUCCAUAUCUCCUGGCGCGUCUCCCAGUUCCGAGACCUAA